AUGGCGGAUUCUGCUCCCGCUAGUUUCUCCACCCGAGCCAAUGCCUUGCUUAGGAAAAACUUAACCUAUCAGAAACGGAAUUUAUGGAGCAAUGUUCGUCUUAUCAUGAUCCCUUUCUACCUCUGCGUACUUCUAGUGGUCGUUCAAGUCCUGUUCGAUACACAGGUUAAUAACUCUGAUGAAAAUCGAUGCGGCUGUCAAUGCAUUAACGGCACGAAUGGAGACGGGAAAUGCGUUGAGACUUGCGGUAUAGAGUAUUCGACUCCCGAACAAGCAUUCUUUUGUUCUAUUCCUAGUCCUCCGCCAUGGCCUCCAUUGUUACAAAUUCCGCGCCCUGAAAGCCGUGCUGUUAUUUCGGAUUUCUCCCGGAAUAAAGACUUUCCUACUGAAUCUUGCAGAAGAACAGGAUCUUGUCCUGUAACUAUACUUGUCACUGGGGAUAAACAGCCUCUUGGAAAAGCUUUAUCUGCGAAUAUCUUCCCUACUUCUUUUUCGGUUAAUUCCUCCGACCUUUUGCCUACGUUAGCCAAUAAUGUCUUGGGUACAACAGCAGACGCAGAUUUCACCAAUUAUCUUGAUCCAGGGAUUGCCUCAAAUCUUACCAUCUACAACAUCCAAUCUGAGUGCAUUCCAAACGCUACAUUGCCAUUCUCGUUCGGACAACCACCUCUCCAGUUUAAGAAAGAGUUGACAUGUGCUAAAGGAUUGAAUCUCUGGCGAAAUAGCUCCAUAGAGGUUAAUGAUGAGAUAUUCAAGGGUUAUCGGAAAGGAAAUCCUGAGGGGAAAAUAAAUGAGAUUACUGCAGCAUACGAUCUUUUGAACACGGAUAGGAACAACUUUAAUGUGCACAUCUUGUAUAAUUCAACAUACAAGGACGAAUCAGGAAAUAGGCCUGCAAAGUUGGUCCGAGUUGCCCGCUCAGUCAAUUUGGUGUCAAAUGCUUACCUUCAGUUUAUGCAUGGUCCGGGAACAAGGAUGUUGUUCGAAUAUAUUAAAGAAGUGCCUAAAUCAGAAACCAGUCUUCGUUUAGACAUCGCGUCCUUAAUUGGCCCCCUUUUCUUCACAUGGGUUAUUCUUCUUCUGUUCCCUGUGAUCUUGUCAUCAUUGGUCUAUGAGAAACAGGAGCGUCUAAGAAUCAUAAUGAAAAUGCAUGGCCUAGGAGAUGGUCCAUAUUGGAUGAUUUCCUACGCCUAUUUUCUUACCAUAUCCAUGUUGUACUUUAUUUGCCUGAUGAUAUUUGGGUCAGCAAUAGGACUGAAGUUCUUUCGGCUCAAUGACUACAGUAUCCAGUUCACUUUCUAUUUUCUUUAUGUAAACCUGCAAAUCUCCCUUGUCUUUCUAGUUUCUUCAAUAUUUUCAAAGGUCAAGACAUCAACAGUUGCUGCUUACAUAUACGUGUUUGGAUCUGGACUUUUGGGCUUGUUUCUACUCCAGUUUCUGAUUGAAGAUUCAUCAUUUCCUAGAGGCUGGAUUGUUGUCAUGGAGUUGUAUCCUGGUUUCUCCUUAUACCGUGGGCUUUAUGAAUUCUCACAAUUUGCUUUCAUGGGAAACUUGAGAGGGCACGAUGGGAUGAAGUGGAAAGAUUUCAGUGAUAGUGCAAUGGAUGAAGUUUUUUACAUCAUUAUCGUUGAGUGGUUUGUCGCACUCAUUGCAGCAUACUAUAUCGAUAAGGUUUCUUCAUCUGGAAAAGACCCUUUGUUUUUCUUGAAAAACCCUUUCAAGAAAUCCCCCUCUCUGCGAAGGCCUAGUUUGCAGAGACAAGGCUCCAAAGUCUUCGUAGAAAUGGAUAAACCAGAUGUCACUCAGGAGAGAGAAAAAGUCGAGCAGUUGAUGCUUGAGCCGAGCACAAGCCAUGCAAUUGUAUGUGACGACCUGAAGAAGGUGUAUCCUGGUAGGGAUGGAAAUCCGCCGAAAAUGGCAGUUAGAGGGUUAUCUCUUGCUGUGCCUUCAGGAGAAUGCUUCGGCAUGUUAGGGCCCAAUGGUGCUGGCAAGACCUCUUUCAUCAAUAUGAUGACUGGGCUCCUGAAACCAACAUCUGGGACAGGGCUUGUUCAAGGUUUGGAUAUAUGCAAUGAUAUGGACAGAGUAUACACUAGCAUGGGCGUAUGCCCGCAGCACGAUUUGCUCUGGGAGACGCUGACAGGAAGAGAACAUCUGCUGUUUUACGGGAGACUUAAGAAUCUCAAAGGCUCUGAUCUCACCCAAGCUGUAGAAGAGUCUCUUAAAAGUGUCAACCUUUUUCACGGAGGAGUUGCUGAUAAACCUGCUGGCAAAUACAGCGGAGGUAUGAAAAGGCGGCUUAGUGUGGCCAUAUCGCUUAUCGGGAACCCAAAGGUGGUUUAUUUGGAUGAGCCAAGCACAGGACUUGAUCCAGCCUCGAGAAAGAACCUAUGGACUGUCAUCAAGCGUGCAAAACAACACACUGCCAUAAUCCUCACUACUCAUUCAAUGGAAGAAGCAGAAUAUCUUUGUGACCGAUUGGGGAUUUUUGUAGACGGAAGCUUGCAAUGCAUUGGCAACCCAAAAGAGCUAAAGGGUAGGUAUGGUGGAUCUUAUGUGUUUACGAUGACAACCUCAUCAGAACACGAGCGAAACGUGGAGAAGCUGAUUCAAGAUGUCUCUCCAAACGCCAAGAAGAUAUAUCACAUCGCGGGGACCCAAAAGUUUGAGCUUCCAAAGGAGGAGGUUCGGAUCUCAGAGGUGUUUCAGGCAGUGGAGAAGGCGAAGAGCAACUUUACCGUGUUUGCUUGGGGACUUGCAGACACAACUCUUGAAGAUGUAUUCAUCAAGGUUGCAAGAACUGGUCAGGCCUUUAAUGUCUUCUCUUAG